UACAUUCUUCUCUCUCUAUAUAUGUAUAUAUGUUUACGCGCCAACAAGAGAAGAGAAGAGACGAGAAAGAAAAGAAGAUGAAGAACAACCGAAGCGGUGGGAGAAAAGUAUCACCAAAAUGGAUUAUCAUUUUCAGCAUCUUCAGUUUUUUACUCGGCAUGCUCUUUACAAACAGGUUGUGGGUUCCACUUGAUUCCGAUAUGAAACCGAAAGAACAAGAUAUGAAAAUUGAUUGCAUCACAAACAAGGAUGAUGAUGAUAUACUGGGAGAAGUUCAUAAGACCCAACAGGCAAUCAAGUCUAUCAGGUCACUUGGAAACUCAAUUUCAGAGCUGAGAGAGGAACUCCCAAGCAAUCAUAGUUCAUCUGAGGCAUCGAACCAUGACGACUCGAUUAACAAGAUUGACGGAGACAAGAGUGAGAAAAGGAAAAAGGUGUUUAUGGUCAUUGGGAUUAACACUGCUUUUAGUAGCAGAAGGAGACGCGAUUCCAUUAGAGAAACAUGGAUGCCUAGAGGUGAAAAGUUACUUAAGCUUGAGAAAGAAAAGGGUAUUGUUGUCCGUUUCAUGAUUGGUCACAGCGCAACAUCUAAUAGCAUUCUAGAUCGGGCCAUUGACUCAGAGGAAGCUCAACAUAAAGAUUUCUUUAGACUUGAACAUGUUGAAGGGUAUCAUGAGUUGACAGCUAAAACGCGGAUAUUCUUUUCCACAGCAUUCGCCAAAUGGGAUGCAAAAUUCUACGUGAAGGUGGACGAUGACGUUCAUGUCAAUCUCGGCAUGUUAGCUACAACUCUUGGACGGCAUCAGUCAAAACCGAGGGUUUAUACAGGAUGUAUGAAAUCCGGGCCCGUUCUUUCACAGAAGAAUGUCAAAUACCAUGAACCUGAAUACUGGAAGUUUGGAGAGGAAGGUAACAAGUAUUUUCGGCACGCAACCGGACAAAUUUAUGCAAUUUCAAAUGACCUUGCUGCAUACAUCUCCACCAACCAGCCUAUUUUGCACAAAUAUGCAAAUGAAGACGUGUCACUUGGCUCUUGGUUUAUUGGUCUUGACGUUGAGCAUAUUGAUGAUCACAACAUGUGUUGUGGGACCCCUCCUGAUUGUGAGUGGAAGGCAGAAGCCGGUAGUGUGUGCAUAGCAUCGUUUGACUGGAGUUGCAGUGGCAUUUGCCGGUCAGUGGAAAGACUAAAAGACGUUCACAAGAGAUGUGGUGAAGAUCCUGCUGCUCUAUGGAGUGCACAGUAUUGAAACACAACUAGCUAGUUAGUUGUGUCGAAAGUUGUGAGCUCCUAUGACGAGAUCCGUUCUUUUGUGGCGGUGGUUAUUUCACGCCUGUGUACGACGACAACUGCUGCAGAAGAAAAGAAUCAAAAAUUUUGGGUGGUAUAUUGACUAGUAUAUAUAGUGUUUAUAUUUAUGAGGUGUUUACAUAUUGUUGUUAUAUAUAAUGAGAGAAAAAGGAAGAGCUUAUAAGUUUCGUUAAA